UAGUGCCACACCAGCACAAUAAAAAAGGAUACUGAAGCUCAAACUCUAAAAUUAAUAAACUUUUCACGUUUUUUAGGUACACAACAUUCACCAUAAAUCUUUACAGUGAAUAAAUAAUAUCGCCUUUACACUGUAUGAGUCUACUACACUGAAAAUGGCAGAUGAUGAGCAGGAUCCUAAAGAAUACCGGUGGGAGACAGGUUAUGAGAAAACAUGGGAGGCUAUCAAAGAAGAUGAAGAUGGUCUUGUGGAGGGUCUGGUGGCAGAGUUUGCUCAAAAGGCUGCACGGAAGGCGGUCGUGCCUCGCCGUGGACCCAUACGUCUUGGCAUGAUGAGACAUUUACUUGUUGCUAUAGACUGCUCUGAGGCUAUGACCUCACAGGAUUUGAAGCCAAUGAGAUUUCUUUGCACUUUGAAGUUGCUGGAGAAAUUCGUUGAAGAGUUUUUUGAUCAAAACCCACUAAGUCAGCUGGGCAUCAUAGCUAUGAAGAACAAAAGAGCAGAGAAGGUGACAGAGCUGUCUGGAAAUGUUAGGAAACACAUAAAAGCUGUACAAGGUUUGUCAAACCUAACUUUGACUGGAGAGCCGUCUUUACAAAAUACUCUUGAAUUGGCAGGCAGGAUACUCAGGCCUCUGCCCGGUCAUGCCUCCCGGGAACUUCUUGUGCUAUUUGCUUCUCUCACUACUUGUGAUCCUAGUGAUAUUAAUACUACUAUACAGACUCUCAAAACAGAUGGGAUACGAUGUUCUGUGAUUGGUCUGGCAGCUGAAGUACGAAUUUGUAAGAAAUUAUGCCAGGACACUGGUGGCAAAUAUGGGGUGGUUUUAGAUGAUGUCCAUUACCGAUCAUUGCUGUUAGAACAAACAUCGCCGCCGGCUCGAGCGCGGGCCCUCGACGCGGGGUUGGUCAAGAUGGGGUUCCCCUAUACGCCGCCCCCGGAACAACCCGAUGCGGACCCGCCCAUCACUGUGUGCAUGUGCCACGUGGAGGAGGGCGAGGGCGUGGGCGGCGAGGGCCACCUGUGCCCGCAGUGCCGCAGCAAGUACUGCUCGCUGCCCGCGCAGUGCCGCACCUGCGGGCUGACGCUCGCUUCUGCGCCGCAUCUUGCCAGAUCAUAUCACCAUCUAUUUCCUGUGGAGCCGUAUGAAGAGUUGACUAAUGAGGGUCAGGCACAGUAUUGUUUCUCCUGUUUGAGAUCCUUCACUGAUUUAGAUAAACAGAUAUACCGUUGCAGUCGCUGCAUUGAACACUACUGCUGGGAGUGUGAGAGCGUGAUAUCCAGUACACUGCACGUGUGCCCGGGCUGCGCCUCCCGCCCUCACCUCUACCAGCGCUUACCAGAGACUUCGUGACGUUUGGGAAGCAAAGUCGUCGUGGCAAUCGAGGUGGGGACGCCCCGCACACCCGCACUAACCUGGUGCAGGAUAGCGCGGGUGACGUGGCGACCCGUUAAUUUAGAUUUUAGGCUUUAGUUCUGGGCUGGAUGAAAAGUAUUUGAAAACCAUUUUAAAAAUCAUCAAUUUUUCCACGUUUUAAUGACUAUACAAUAUUGUUAAAUAAUAAUAAAAGAUGAUUGGCAAAUGAAACAGAAAAUAUCAUUCGA